UAGCAUUGGAAGGUUUAGCCUACUAGCUUUCUUGGAUUCUUGGGUCUUCUUAAAGUGAUAAUGCAAAUGAAUUCUCAAUUUAAUAUUUCGAGCAUAUCUGCCAAUCUCAACUCCAUCCCUGUCCUAAAUGGUACUAACUUUAAGGAAUGGAAAGAAAAUAUUCUAAUAACUUUGGGCUGCAUAGAUCUUGACUUAGCAUUAAGGGUAGAGCAACCUGCUUCUCUUACGGAUGGUAGUACCCAAGAUGAAAAAAAGGUACUAUGAGAAGUGGGAUCGCUCCAAUCGCUUAAGUCUCAUGAUCAUAAAGCGUGGCAUUCCAGAAUCUUUUAGGGGUGCUGUAUCCGAUGAGGUUACUAAUGCCAAGGAUUUCCUUUCUGCAAUCGAGAAACGUUUUGUUAAAAGUGAUAAGGCGGAAAUAAGCAUGUUGUUAAAAGACUUUACUUCCAAAAGGUAUUCAGGAAAAGGAAAUAUAAGGGAGUAUAUUAUGGAAAUGUCUUAUAUUGUUUCUAGGCUCAAGACACUUAAGAUUGAGAUAUCGGAAGAUGUUCUCGUACACAUAGUCUUGAACUCUCUUCCUAAUGCAUUUGAUUCUUUUAAGGUCAGUUAUAACUGCCAAAAAGAGAAGUGGUCUCUUAAUGAGCUCAUUUCAUAUUGCGUGCAAGAGGAAGAGAGGAUGAAACAAAAUAAGAUAGAAAGUGCUCACUUGGCUAGUACCUCUAAGGAUAAGGGUAAAAAGAGGAAGAGAACUCCCAUUAAGAAUGAAGCUGCUCAAGGUCCACUACAGAAGAAACAUAAGGAAGGUGAAACAACCUGUUUCUUCUGUAAGAAGUCUGGACACAUGAAGAAGGAUUGUACCAAGUAUCAUGCUUGGAAAGUGAAGAAAGGGUUGUCUGAGCCACCGCAAGCCAAAUGAUGCUGAAAGAUGCAUCUAUGUGGGAGAUGGCAAAGCGGUGCAUGUGGAGGCUAUUGGGCAUUUUAGAUUGUUAUUAUCUACCGGUUUCUAUUUGGAUUUAAAAGACACUUUUAUUGUUCCGUCAUUUAGGGCGGAAUUUGGUUUCUGUUUCUUAUUUGGACAAAUUAGGUUAUCAUUGUUCCUUUGGAAACUUCCGGUUUAAUUUGUCUUUAAAUUCAAAUAUUG